AUGAACUCUCUGAAGGCGCCCUCACUGCACUCGUUGCUCGAUUCCGACCAUGGCUCCAACGACAGUUUGCUAACGGAGUCGCUUCAGCUCGACAUCGAAGAGCUGGACGAUGAAGAAUACUCGAUACCGGCCGUAGACACACUGCCUACGCUGGAAAGCGUGCUGAGUGAGAUCGACAGUGAUCUGGACAGUGUGUCGGCUCUGGGCGUUGUGAGUCGCCAUGCAACCAACGGUGGCCUGCAAUCGUCGAUCGCGGACGAUAGCUAUGGUGGUGGCACAACGACCCCCACGCCAUCAUUGGACGAUCAUCUGAAGCUCGAAUCGAUCCUGCGCCACGUCGUACUGCAGGGAGUAACAGCACAGCUAACCUCUGCCGUCGAUCGAGUCGAUGCUGGUUUGGCGACAUCCUGCGCCGUAUCCUUGAUGAUUGCGGUCGGCACCUCGCAUGGCCACAUCUUAGGAUUCGAUUGCUCACAGACCCUCAAGUGGUGUUGCCAGGACGGCGUGGCACAAGGUGCAGUAUCGGCACUGGCGUUCAACGACGACAACUCGCGCCUUUUGGCAGGCUUUGCCCGGGGGUCCAUCCUCAUGAUCGACACACAAGCCGGCGACGUGAUCCGUACGCUCAACGAAGUCAUCACGCCGAACACGGGCGUGCUGCACCUGAAGUGGACCAACCGACCGGCGUUGGCCCUCUGCUCGGAUUCGGGCGGCUCGGUGUGGAGUCUCAACUUUACCCGAAGGCUCGGCAUUCGAGGCUGUGAUUCGCGCUGCCUGUUCAGUGGUGCUCGGGGUGAGGUGUGCACUGUCGAACCGUUAAUGCUUGGCGAUGAGGAUCAUCCGCUGAAAACGUACACGUUGGUGGCGCUGGCGACACUGAGCAAAUUUUUUGUCGUUCUGAUUCGCCCGAGGCUCAAGGUGAUCAAAUUCCACCCAAUGGCUGGCUAUCCGGAUUGCCUGCCACUGCUCGCCUGGCAAAUGGUGCUGAUCCAGGCGGCGGACUCCACACGCACCAUCGAUCCGGUGCUGGCCGCAGCGCGAGGUUGCGAUCUGUUCUUCCAUCAGAUCACCUACAACAGUGGGCGGAUUUCGUUGCUAUUUCUUCGCCACAUCCAGCUGUCGUACAACCUGCUUGCCAUCCACUGGCUCGGGCCCAAAUCGAUUGCAUGCCUCGACACGAAAGAGGUGCUACAUCUGUCCGAUGUGCGCACGAACCGCGAACUGGAACUGAUCGAUCUUUCCAACGUGGGUCUCAUGUACAAUUCGGCACAGUUCAAGGGUCUGGCCACUGGUGGUAACGUGUCGCCGGCGCUAGCACUAGCUGGGGCCGCAGCAUGUUACAACACCGUCGUAUCGCAGGGUAACCAGCUGUAUUUACUCGGAGGCAAAAGUUUACACGCCAUCAGCGCCCGGGCAUGGAGCGAUCGAAUAUCGUACCUCUGCUCAAUGCAGCGGUGGGAUGAAGCGAUAGAACUGGCCAUCGAGGGAUACCGAGCAGCUGCGGGGCGCCAGAGGCGUCUGGUUUCGUCGAAGGAGCGGAUACUGCGCAUGUACGACGAGUAUCUAAGUGCGACCAAAAAAACGCCCGAACUAUGUCUAGAGGCCAUCGUGGCGUGCUUGAUCGAGAUCGGUGAAAAACAGUUGCUGUGGGAAGAGCUGUACGAUCGGUUGCCUGUGCCCGAUCACUACCUCACCAUCAUUGCCAGGCAUAUCGAGAGCGAUCAGCUGGACUCGGUGGCACCGUCGGUCGCCCAGGUUUUAUGCGAGCACUUUUGGAAACGGCGCGAAACGGCGAGGCUGGAGGCACUCAUUCUGAAGCUGGACUGGCAGUGCUUAGAUCUGCACCAGGUGCUGACGAUCUGUCGCAAGGAACGUCUGUACAGUGCACAGAUGUACCUGAACACGAAGGCGCUCGGGGAUUAUACGAUCUCGCUCAUCGAUUUGAUACCGCAGAUCGAACCCUCUGCGAAUGAUUUGCAUUUGGGCAACUGCCUGUUGGUGUACAUCUCGAGCUGCCUCGCUGGCCGUGGUUACCCGAGUGGCGAAAUAGCCCCGGACACGAUCCCGAGCGUGAAGCACGAGGUGCUGCGCUGCCUGACGGUUAUCCAUUCGAACAAUGCAUCCGACGGCGAACUGCCUUAUCCGUACUUGCGCAAGCUGCUCGCAUUCGAUACACGCGAAACACUGAACGUCAUUUCGCUCGCGUUCCAGGAGAAGGAGUUUAACGGUGAGCUAGGGCUUUCGCAGCGCCAACGGAUCAUCAACAUACUGCUGGAGAUUCUCACGCCGGAUCAUGCGACCUGGUCGCAAAUCGCAAGCCUGUUGAACUUUAUCGCCCAACAAAUCGCUUCUCGUGAGCUACCCGAAAACGAGCAGCUGCUGGAGAAGGUGAUCAGCUAUCUGACGGUGACCACCGAUGUGCCACUGUCCCGAAGGGAGCACUUUGAGCGCGAGCAAACCUGGCUCGAGCUGCUGAGCUCGAACUGUCUGGAGCACAUUCCAACCGACCAGUUGCUGGAGACUGCCCGGAAAAACAAGUGCUAUCACGUAGCGGAGCAUCUUCUAGAGCGGCUUGGCCGAUACGAGGAAGUGUUCGAUUGCUACCUGCAAGACGAGUACCGACAUCUGCAGCUGUACUCUUACAUUGCCCAGCAUGCGGCCGACCCGCAACGUCAGGUGUACCUGCUGGUGGUGAGAAAUCUUUGCCAGAUCGUCGACAUUAACUGCGAGCAGGCGGCUCGCGUGCUGGUGGAACACUUUAUGCGAUUCUUGGCCAGCUUCUUGCAAAGCCUCGAGCGAGCGGGCGUUCCGGAGCGGUUGUUUUGCUUUCUCGAGGCACUACUCAAGCAAUCGGUACAACUAGAAACGAGCGAUUUGGAGCGCUAUCUGGAGCUACUAUGUCAGUACCGACCGGAUGAGGUGAUUGACUUCUUGAAGUCCAACGAUUCCUACCGCGUCGAUAAUGCCGUCCGCACGAUAAAACGCUUCGAUUUGAGUGCUCCAUUAACCUACCUCUAUGAAAAGCAAGGCGACUAUCAAUCCGCUUUCAACGUGGCGGUCGAAACGCUGAAGAACGCCCCGGAGAGUGCGGUCGAGAUGUGCGCUCUGCAGGUGAACGCUCUGUGCAUUCGUGCCUCCUCCGUGCUGGUGGAAAGCGAACGCGACCAUCUCUGGUUUUCACUGCUGAACAUAGUGCUCGCACGCAACGAUCUCACCUCCGUCACGAAAAACAUUCUCCACUCGGCCAGCGAGUUUGUCGAUCUGCCGAAGCUCGUGCAACUCGUGCUCAAUUCGGGCACGCUGACGGGCAACUUUGGCGACAUCAAGCACCUGCUUAUCGGCAUGCUGUCCAACUCGGCAUACGAAACGCUACUGCUACAGACAACCUCGCGGAUUUUGGGGAAAGAUUUGCAUACGAUGCUGGCGAAAGAGCACCGCCAGGCCAGGCGUGGGCUAGCGGUUAAAUCGAUCAAGUGCAUCGUGUGCCGCGCACGAUUAUACGGUGCCGACCAGCAGCAGCCGAUCGUAGUCAUGGGUGACUGUGGUCACGCAAUGCACCAAAAGUGUGCGAACGAUUUCUGUACCUUGCCCGUGGAUUCACCACCACCGCCAGCCACAACGGCUGAGUCCAGCGGCGAUGGAACCACCGUUAGCAGUUGGAGGAUGCUCAAAUGUCCGCGCUGUGAUGCGGUGGUCGUGGAACAAGCUUCCAUUAAAACCGUCGAGAGCUACAUGGAGCCCGGACCCUUCCUGUCGCCGGACUCGGUGAACGACAGUGGGCUAAAGCUAAGAGCACCACCCCGAGUCGGUCGUUAGGCAGGCUGGGUUUCUGCGUUAUGCUAUUGUCCUUACUCUUCUAGUGGCCAUUCACCAUCCAACCUGUAACGCGCGAAUCGUGGCGGGUUUUCAUAUUCCGUCACUUUGUGAACUCCCCGGUUAGCGAGAACACCAACCUCUGUUAGAAGUGUUUUAACAUCAUUCUUUGCUGUGACAAAAAACCUAAUCUGUAGCAUAAAUCUACCAAAUCUGUUCAAACACACAUAUUUUAGAGACUGUGUUAGCAAAGGUUUUCCUA